AUGUCCCAGCCGAACCGGUCCCACCCCGGAGUUCUACACGAAUACGCUCCGCGGCUCGUCACCUUCGAGUUUACCUCAUCUAACGCGAGCAGCAAACCGAACAGCCUGAUCUUCGUGGGCGGACUGACUGAUGGAUUAUGCACAGUCCCAUAUGUGUCCAAGCUGGCCGAGGCUCUAGAGCCGACGCAAUGGUCGGUGUUCUCGACCUUGCUGUCCUCCUCCUACGGCGGAUGGGGCGUUGGAAGCCUGGACCGAGAUGUCGAAGAGAUCGGGAAAUGCGUGCGUUAUAUCCGCAAUCUCAAGGCGACUCGGCUGCCUGGUGCGCCGUCGGAGAGCGGAAAGAUUGUCAUCAUGGGCCACUCGACGGGGAGCCAGGACGUCCUUCACUACCUCUAUUCGCCUAAUCCACUCCCCCAAAGAGACUUUGAUAUCGGUCUGCAGCAUCUGGUCCGCCCCGAGAUCCAGGGCGCUAUCCUCCAAGCACCGGUUUCAGACCGACAGGCCAUCUUGGAGAUGAUUAAGUUGGCCCCGCAGCCCAACGAGGCACGGGGUGCUUAUGACCAGCUCGUGAGCACUGCCCGGCGACAGCCCUACACCGAGGACAAGAGAGACUCCAUGCUCCCACUGAACUUGGUUGCGCAACUGGGACUUCCAGGCGACAACCCUCUGAGUGCCCGCAGAUUCCUGAGCCUCGCCAGCCCGGAUAGCCCUGAAAACCCGUCGGACGAUGAUCUCUUCAGCUCCGACUUGAGUGACCAGCGUUUGAAGGAGACCUUUGGGGCCAUCGCGUCCCGGGGUAUCCUUCAAACAAAGGUCAUAUUCUUGUAUUCGGGCAAUGAUGAGUACUGCCCCGCGUGGGUCGACAAGGAGAAGCUGCUGCAGAGGUGGAAGCAAGCGACCGAGGCUGGAGGCACAACAUGGGAUCAGAACAGUGGCGUUGUUCCCGGAGCCAGCCACAACAUCAAGGAUGAGGGCCAGGAGGACCUGGCUGUCCGUGUCCUACGAUAUCUCCAAAGCCUUUAA